CCCAAUGGGUUUUCGAGGUCGCGUGCGGGAGGUGACUGUUGCGGCCUUUCUCUCCCCUGCGAGACUCCCACCCCCAAAUACCGCGCUCCAAAAUGGCGGACUUCGAAAAAGACCCAGAGGCUAAAAUUCAAUCCGAGCUGGAUAUCACUCCAGUCAGCUCGGACCCAGAGAAGCCCAGCGGCUUCUUUCGGGACCAUCCGCUACUAUGAGGGGCUGCUGGAUCGGAAAUUGGGCAUAGAGUCUAAUAGUCUCGAGCGCGUGCACCCCGAAAAUCGCAAGUCACCGAGCCCUGUGGUCAUGGCCUUCAUGUGGGCGUCCGCGACAAUGAACAUCAGUUGCUUCAGUACUGGGUUCCUUGGCACUGAGUUUGGAUUGACGCUCGGAGAAACGAUUGCGAUCACGAUCUUUGCUACCCUGCUAGGGUCUGCGGCAACGGGUUGGUGCGCCACGAUGGGUCCCGGAACUGGCUUGCGCCAGGUCGCCAUUUCAAGAUACUCGUUCGGCUACUAUCCUUCCUCGAUAAUUGCGCUUCUGAACGUCAUCGAGCAACUGGGCUGGGCGUCUGUCAGCUGUAUCACGGGUGGGCUGUCGCUCAACGCAGUCUCGGGGGGUCAUUUGUCAAUUGCCGUGGGUGUUAUCGUUAUCGCCUGCGUCAGCCUGGUGUUUAGCUUUAUCGGCUUGCGCGCGGUUCUCCUGUAUGAGAAGUACGCAUGGAUGCUGUUUUUCAUCAUCUCCAUGAUCAUGUACGGCGAAGCUGCCCACUUCGCUGAUCUCGGCCCCCCGCCAAACGCCGUAACAGGCCUGACCAAGUCAGGAAACGUUCUGAGCUUGAUCUCCGUGAUCUACGGAUCAAGUGUCUCCUGGAGCUCCAUCGUAUCGGACUUCUAUGUGCAGUACCCGGUCAAUACCUCGAAGGUCAAGAUAUUCUUGUAUACAUCGCUCGGUAUCUCGAUUCCGACUUGCAUCGGCAUGUUGCUUGGUGCUUGUGUCGCGUCCGCUCUCCACGACAAGCCGGAGUGGAAUGAUGCCUACAAUGUUAGCAUUGGAGAGGUUUUGCGGGUCAUUGUGCACCCUAGCGGUUUCGCCAAGUUUCUGCUAGUACUUCUGGUGCUGUCUGGGAUCGGCAUGAACUGUAUCGCAAUGUAUUCUGGCGGGCUCUCGGCACAAAUGUUCGCUCCCCCCUUUGCCAAGGUCCCUCGGGUCUUUUGGUCCUUUUUGGUCUUUGCUGGCAUUCUGGCCAUUGGUAUCGCUGGCCGGGAUCAUCUGCUGGACGUGCUGCAGAAUUUCCUCUCCUUGCUGGGAUACUGGAACACCUCGUUCUUUGUGAUUCUCUUCAUUGAGCAUUAUUAUUUCCGCAAAGGAAAUCUGGCCAACUACGACCUCGAUGCUUGGAAUACCCCUUCUAGAAUGCCAGUAGGAUAUGCUGGGCUCAUGGCAUUCCUGUGUGGGGCAGCGGGGUGGAUUGUUGGCAUGGCAGAAACAUACUAUGUCGGACCCCUUGCCAAGAUGAUUGGAGCCGACGGAGGAGAUAUUGCCAACGAGCUGGCCUUGGUCUUCACCUCCAUCUCGUAUCUCCCGCUGCGGACACUGGAAUUACGAUACGUGGGUCGCUAG